AUGCGCACAACAACAACAGCCAUACUUUCAUUGUUAUGGCUUGUCAGCUUAGUGACAAGCCGUUCCUUGGUGGAUACCUUGAAGAAAGAUGAUCGAUUCACAGAGCUUAUCCAUCACUUAAAUCGAACCCAACUUUUACGCGACCUCGAACGCUUCGACACUGGAACAGUAUUUGCACCGGUCAACGAGGCAUUUAACAAGGACGAUGAUGACCAUCUCAGCCGUGCAGCACUUCUUUAUCAUGUGCUACCGAGUGCAGUAACCACGCAAGAUUUUUAUGAUGGUCAGCUGCUUGGCACAUCCUAUCACCGACAAAAGCUCAAAGUGACAAAGCAAAAGAAAAACCAAUGGGCCGUUGGCAAUAACGAUGCAAAAAUUAUCGACGCUGACGUGAAGACUGAUAAUGGUGUCAUUCAAGUCAUUGACAGCGUGUUGAAACCAUUGGAUGAUUUGACGCAAACCUUGUUGCAUGAUAAUGACCUGCAGGAGUUUGGAAAUUUGAUCGAACGUUCCAAGCUCGAUCGAGAGUUGAAACGUGUCAAUGGCUUCACAGUGUUUGCCACGCAAGGUGUUUUGGAUGGAUUACCGGAUGAUGUAAAGGAUUACCUUGAUCACUCGGCUGUGGACCUUGCCAAGGUAUUGGGUCAUCAAAUCCAUGCCGGUCCCAUUUACAGUUACGACCUCGAAUUCGGCAAGAAAGAGUACUCGACAUUGCAAGGAGAGCCUAUCAUUGUUGAAGUAAACAAGAACAACGAGAUCACCGUCAAUGGUGCCAAGGUCAUAAGACAUGACAUUUUGGCAUCCAAUGGUGUAAUUCAUUUGGUGGAAAAACCUAUUCUCCCAAAGCACCGAGGCUUCUUGGAAAUGGAUGUUCGCAAGACCCUCAUCAGCAUGAAUGCAAGCAAAUUUGUUGGCAUGCUUGAAGAUUAUGGGUUGCAUUCAUACUUGGAAAGUAAAGCUCCCCAAACAAUCUUGGCGCCUACAAACGACGUCCUCAAGGACGAUGAACAUGAUCACAGUCGAGGUGCCAUCGUAUCAUGGCUCAAGUACCACAUCAUCAACGACAAGUAUACAAAAGACAACUUGUCAGAUGGACAAUUGCUGCAAACACAAUCUUCUCAUCAUCUUGGCGACCAUAUGCACCAAAGACUUCCGAUCCAUAUCAUUGACAAGGAUACUAUACAAUUCGGUGGGAGCGGUAUCAGUGAUUGCCCAAGAUUGGUCGAUAAUAGUAUUGUGUACCCUCUUUCACGUCCAUUGGCUAUGCCUCGUAGUGCACUUGGUCAACUUCCUCUGGAUUUGGAUCUAUCAACAUUUGUGGCGAGCUUGUAUGCUUCCAAGGCAUCCGACAUGGUUGAUUCAGCUGAAGGCAUCACUCUAUUGGCACCUACAAACAAAGCUUUCCAACAACUCGGCCUUGUUACCAAGCAUCUGUUACAAGCACCAAAGAAGCUUGCCGAUGUUAUUGGGUUCCAAACGUUGACAGACAUUUUUUACUACAAUGACAAGGAUCAGCAUUGUGGAAUGACCCUUAGCAAGGAAAAGCGUUGCUUCAAUACCAGCAUCAUUGAUCAGCCAAACACGUUGGUAUCAAAUGGCGUCAUCCACAAGGUGCAUAGGCUAGCAUUGCCUUGCAGCCUCGAGAUCACACACCGCAAUUUAUUGGAUGUGGCAGGAACAAAUACAUUUUACGAACGACUAGUUCGACAAGACAAGGAUGUAUUGGACAAGGACAAAUCAUACAUUUUGAUCGCACCUACAGAUGCAGCGAUGGCACGAGCCAAGGAGUUUGUGUUGGAGAUCCAUUUGGUGCCUAUCGACAAGGAAGAUGAAAAGCGUAUCCUGGAUACUGAAGAUGAUGUGACAUUGAACACAGCCUAUGAAGGUGUCUCUGUUGUUUUUACCCGUGAUAGCGUACGAGUAGGCCAAACUGAAGCCGAGAUUGUUGAUUGGGGCAAGACCACGCGUGGAGGAGGUGGUGGUGUCGUUGUUGUGAAUCAAGUAUUGCCUCGACCUUCCCGCCAGGGUCUCGCAUGGUGGCAGGUGAUGCUUAUUGCACUUGCUGUAUUAGCAGGAGCUGCGCUAUUGGGUGCCGUCAUCUACUUUGGAUAUCGUUGGUGGAAGCAACGUCGUGAAGGAUACAUCACAUUGGACCAGGAGCAGUAG